AUGACCUUCCGUGUUGCAGGUGGUGGAGACGUCCGCUGUGUAGUCGACCAUGCGGCGGAUGACGGCAAUGGCGUCGCUUCCAGUUCAGAUUUGCCCCACAACGAAUCCAGCCAUGACGUGGCAGACGUGGUGCGUCACUGGGGCUACGACCUGGACGACGGCCCGGCCCUGUGGCCGUCGUCGUCCCCGGAGUGCGGCGGCCGCCGGCAGAGCCCCGUGGCGCUGGACACCACGUCCGCUACGGCCAGCCACCAGCCGCGCCUGCGCUGGUUCGGCUGGCACAACCUGCCCGUCUCGCAGCACGUCGCCAACAACGGACACACCGUGUCGGUGAAGUCGACGUACCUGAGCGAGAAGGAGGUGCCGGUGGUGUGGCUGUCGGACUCGGAGCGCCGCUACAGGCUGGACAGCGCGCACUUCCACUGGGGCGGCAGCGAGCACACGCUCAACGGCGAGAGGUUCGCUAUGGAGAUGCACGUGGUGACGUUUGACAGGCGCUUCCCGUCGCUGGAGAAAGCCAAGAGCCAGAAGAACGGCAUACUCGUGCUUGCCUACUUCUUCCGGGCGGCGGCGACGGGCAGCGCGGCGCUGCAGCAGCUGGUGACCCGCCACCUGGCCGCCGUGGUGCGGCCGCAGACGUCGCGGCUGGUGGCGCGGCCGCUGCGCCUGUCGCGGCUCGCCCACCCCUUCGAGAAGUCCUUCCUGCUCUACCAGGGCUCGCUCACGACGCCGCCCUGCAGCCAGGUCGUGCGCUGGGUCCUCUCCAAGGACGUGCACUCCGUCUCCCAGCAGCAGCCAGAGGUGGCUGGUGCAAGUUCAAUGUUAGUGCUGCCCAACAUCUUCUGGCCCAAGCCAGUUAGUGGCAGGGCAUUUGGUGUUAGCUGGACUGUCACCAACAUCUUCUGA